GCAAAGCCGUCCUCCUGAUUGAUUUUACGAACACGUUCAAUAUCGUGCAGCGGUCGGCUUUCUUGGAAGAGGAGCUGAAAAUCGAUGCUGGUUUAGACAUCGCACGCGGUUGCCUUGGCGAGUUCUGCGCGGCUGGCGAGUUCGACGCGAUGCUGCGGGCGUCGCGGCUGAUUCAGCGAAAAGCGGCAAGCCUGGGCCUCGAGCUGAACUUGGACAACUGCGAGGGCAUCCCCACGGCUGGGCGCGACGCGGUGAAGAGAGUGCAGAAGUUGACCGGGAUGUUCGACGAGGUGCCAUUACUGGGGGACGCCCAGGGGGGGAUGGGCUUGCGGCUCGGAAAUUCCCACGCUGCUGUGGCCGACCUUGCUUCCCACAUAGCGACGCGACACUUGUGCGGUCAGAUCUACGCUGCCGUCUCGCGGGGCGGGGGCUGCGAUGGCGGCGCCCCGGCAGCGGCAGCCAACCUCCACAGUGAUGGCGCCCACCAGGAGCAUCGCGUCACAAUGGUGGCUGCCGGCGGCUCCUUCCCCGACCAGCGGGGUCUGUCGACGAAAGUGGGCGAUCAUCUCGUGGGCCAGCUGAUCGCUGCGAGCCCAGGCGCCCACAAGGCGCCCCGCGCAACCAGCGCGCCGCGCGCGAGCGCGUUGCUGCAGUCCCAGCCGCGCAGCGCCCUCGGGCAGCGCAUGUCCCAGUUCGAGUUUGUGGCGGCCUUGCGUUUGUGGCUUGGUUGCCACGUUUCUAGCAGGGGUGACUGGCGCCCGAAGUGCGACCGGGCGAUUGGCGCGCAGGGCCUGCACCCUCUCUGCUGCAUGGCGGGCGGCGACGCAGUCAAGGUGCACAACGCCCUGCGCGAUCAGACCCGCUCCUUCGUGCAUGCCGCGGGCCUCCGGGCCAAGAAAAAGGGCGGGUUGCUGCCGGGCGACCCCCGCCAGCGGCCGCGCGACAUCCGCCUCCCGACUUGGCCGUUCGGCCCGCCCCUGGCUCCCGAGUUUGCCGCGGCGUCGCCUCUCAGACAGUCUGCGGCGCAAGGGGCCGCCGCCGGACAGCUCAGCGCGGCCGCGUCGUGCGAGGGAGCGAAGCUUGCAGACGGAGAUACUGGCGCACGCUGCGAGCAACUUGGCAUCCGCCUGGUUCCCAUGGUCGCGGGGUCCUUCGGCGGACGGGGCGAGAUGGCGCGAGACGUUUUCCGGGCCUUGAUUCAUGCCCGCGCAGCGCGCAGUGGCGAGACGGCGAGCAGUGCCAUCACCUUCUUAAUCUAUUCUG